AUGUCGUCCUUUCUUACACCACCAAAAUCGGGCCCUUCGGGGCGCCCUGCCGCCAAACCGCGAUUCGCAAAGCCGAACCCCGUCCGAGCCAUGCGCGAACGAGAAGAAAGGCGAGCAGCCGCUUCAGCAGCCCAAUCAAAUAGUUUACGAGUCGCUGCAGUAAAUCGAAAUGCUGCACUUGCGAGACCGAACCGCCCACAAUGUCCCAACAAAGCCUGUCCCAAACCGAACGUCGUUGAUGGCACAUGUCAAACUUGUGGUCGUAUUUCGGAUGACAGUAAUAUCGUGGCGGAAAUCACAUUCGGAGAAUCUUCUUCGGGUGCUGCUGUAGUACACGGUUCUUAUAUCGGUGCCGAUCAGGCGGGUGUUCGCAGCAUGGGUCCUGCGUUUCGACGAGUUGGUGGAUCGGAGGACAGGGAGAAGAGCAUUCGGGAGGCAAAGGGAUUGAUGCAGGGUUAUGCGCAACAACUUAAUGUCAGUGAUAGUCUGGUCACUGCGGGAACACAAGUCUUCAAAUUGGCUUCCAUGGCAAACUUUAUUCAGGGUCGUACAUUAGCCAGUGUUGCAGCAGUCUGUCUAUAUGCUGCAUGCCGAGCAGAGCCGCCCUGCAAGGUCAUGCUUAUCGAUUUGGCGGAUUUGGUACAACUCAACGUCUUCAAGCUGGGUCGAAUUUUCAAGAAGCUCAAUGAGGUGGUGCCAAUCGGCAACGACGGUCUUAUUCCUGUAUACCCGGAGGAUCUUAUCUGGCGAUUUGCGACAAAGAUGGAGUUCCACCAAGACACCGCCAAGGUUGCCGAAGAUGCUGUCCGUUUGGUCAAACGAAUGAGCCGAGAUUGGAUGGUCAUGGGUCGUCGACCUUCUGGUAUCUGCGGAGCUUGUUUGCUCAUGGCGGCGCGAAUGCACAACUUCCGACGAACAGUGCGCGAGGUGGUGUACAUCGUCAAAGUCACCAAUCACACAAUUCAGAACCGUCUAUCAGAGUUCAAGGUCACUGAAUCCAGUCAGAUGUCCGUGGAGGACUUCUUGAAGAUGGACUUCCUAGAAAGUUCACAUGAUCCACCAUCAUUUUAUAAGCAGACCGCCGAGUACAAAAAGCAACUAGCCGUCAAGAACAAGAAGCGAAAGCGGCCUUCAACCGAUGGAGACGCCGACGAGGAUGACGAGGAGGAGGAAGACGACAACUUGGCCGACAAGAUUGAUCCGCGACUAAUAGAAGGCGGCGCCGAUCUUUCCAACGCGCCAGUAGUCGAGUACCGUCGUGAUGAUGACGGCUUCAUCAUUCCACCUCUACCAUCCAAGAUCGCUAAGGAUCCAUCACUCGUCAGCAAAUUGACUGAGAAUGGGGAGGCCGAAGAAGGCGAUGAAAAUGAGGAAGAGAACAACGUCCAAACACUCGACACAUUGGUUGAAGAAUUCGGAGAUGCAUUGGAAGAGGAGAUGGCAGAAGACGCUGCAUCUCAAAAUACCAAUACCCGCAAAGGCGAUAAGCCCCAACUACCCAUUAAUGAGGAGUGGGAGCAAGAUGAGCAAGAACUAGAGGGCGUUAUUGAAGAGAUCUUCAACGAUCCAUUGACUUAUGAACACGCAAUGGCCUACACGACUGCCGAGCAGCGAGCCCGAAUCCACACAGUCUGGGCUCUACAACAACGCCCACAAAAAGAAGUUUCCAUGUCGGCAGACGUCACAGAAGACGAAUUCGCCGACGAUCCUGAGGUCAACAACUGUCUACUAUCCCCCGAAGAAGCCCAGAUCAAGGAGAUGAUCUGGGUCAAUCAGAACAAGGAAUGGCUACGGAAACACCAAGAGAAAGUCUUCCGGAAGAAGGUUGAAGCCGAGCGACCGAAGCAGACACGAAAGCGACGCAAGCGCGCUCGAAUGGGUGAAGGCCAGACCAGUCCCGCCAGCUCAGCCGCCGAAGCAGCUGUCAACGUCGCCAAGGACCGCGCAUGGUCAAAGAGGAUCAACUACGACGCCAUCCGUAAUAUUUUCGACCUGCCUAACAUCGGCGGUCCCGGCUCAGAAGCAACAAGCCGUAAGACGAGCCAGGCUGGGAGCACACGAGGCGACGAUGCCGUGGAGGCACCCGAUGAGAGCGUCGCAGGGGAUGAGGCCGAGGCUCCUCAAGAGGAGGAGGAGGAGGAGUAUGAAGAUGAAGAGUACGACGAGACACAGGGUUAUAACGAUGGAGAAGAGUUUGGCGGUGGUAACGAUGAAUUUGGUGGGGAUGGAGGAUAUGAUGAGGAUGAUCCGGAAAUGGAUGCUGAGUACGGGCUGGAGGAAUAUGCUUAA